GGGGUCGACUUUAACGAAUAACGAAAACAUCUUACUGCCUAGUCGGCAUGUAACUGUUGUAUCUGACGAAUCCUAGAAUAAUAACAGCAUGCGCCGCUUAACGUUAUAUUUUAAAAUAAUUGUCACAAUAUUUGGCGUUAAUGGUUAUAUGUACGAGAACAUACCAUGUGCUUCAUGUAUUAGAAAUAAUGACGAUGAAACAUAUUACAUACAUAAGGAAUUUUGCGAUGGGUGUAUUCCAAAUUUUGACAAUUACGGAUAUUCUUCUUUAAAUUAUUUUUUAAAGAUAUUGAUGAACUAUACCAAAAGCAUUCCCAAUGAGCCAUGCACUGAUUUUUACGAGUUAAUCUGCGGUAGUUGGGACAAAGCUAAUUCUCUAUUUCACUCGAAAUGGUCUAUCAAAGACUAUAACGAAUAUAUGAUUUAUUAUCGUAUAAAAUUAUUUUUAGAAUAUACAACAUAUAAUGAUUCCCCAUUCACAAAAACAGUCAAACAAUUAUAUCGAUCAUGCAUAGAUCAAGACUCUCUUGAAGAAAGAGGGAUAAAACCCAUGCAACAAAUGUUGGAUGCCACUGGAGGAUGGCCAAUUUUAAUGUCUGAAGAAGAGUGGAACGCGAAAAAUUAUACUUGGCAAAAGAUAGACAAUAAUUAUUUUAAAUUAUAUACCUUUUCUAUUUUGUUCAAUAUAUCAUAUUCAACUGACUAUGAUAAUCUUGGCAUAUUUGUGAUAUAUCCAUCUCUUCUGUCUUACGGUGACAAAUUAAAAUUUGAUACACAAUAUAUAUAUGAACAUUACAAUAUGUAUUUAAACACAAUAAUGAAGGUAGUACGUGCUUUUGCAAAAAAUAAAGGAAUUCGAAUUCCGACAAAGAAACUGCGCAAUGAUGUAGAAGACUUAAUUAAAUUCGAAAUAUUUUUAAAAAAUAUUAUUGGACACAAAAAAGAAAUCAUUGGAAUUGGUAAUAAAAUGACGAUUGCGGAAUUACAGGAAUAUUACGACCUUGCGGGAAUUCAACAUGCUACAGCAAAGAUUAAUUGGUUUGAGAAAAUACAAAUUGCCUCCAAACUACUUGGCACAACUGUAGAUGAUUCUGAAACUGUCCUCGUGUUUAAUAUAGAUAGUUUACAUAAAUUGGCAAAUUUGCUAAGUGACACACCGCAACAUGUAAUCGUGAAUUAUUUACAAUGGCACGCCGUGAGUAUAUUUAUGGGUAAUUUGAAUAAGCAAAUGAGAGAUAUUGAAUUAGAUCUUUAUUAUGCAUACAAUAUUAAACUUCACGAUAAGAUAAAACAAGAACAGCGGUGGUUAAAAUGUAUUCGAGAAUUUGAAAUGAAAAAUAUUUUCAUUUCAUCGUAUAUGUAUAAUUCAGAGACAUGUUCAGUGACUUCAAUAAUAGAAAUUCUAAUUGUAAACGACUUAUUUAAUGACAUAAAGAAUGAGAUGAUGGAUUAUAUAAAAUCUUUAAUAUGGCUAAAUAAUUUGACAAAAAACUUUGUGGUAGAAAAAAUUAAUAAUAUAUCACUGAACAUUGGUUUUUCUGAUUGCUACCGGAAUCAGAAAAUACUGGCGCAAAUGUAUAAAGAAUUGAAAAUUGAUGACAAUUAUUUCACAAAUAUAUUGUCUAUCAUAAAAUAUAGAAAUACGAUAUUAAAACAAAGAAGUUUCCGUGAAUCUGCGCAUAGAGAUAAGAAUUCAUAUGGGUGGCCAUUUGAUCUGUUAUUUGACAAUUUCAGUUAUGAUCAGCAAUCUAAUGAGAUAUAUAUACCUUUUAUCUUCAUGCAAAUUCCGUAUUUCUCAUCAAAAUCUUUUGCCCCUAAUUACGGCGGAAUAGGUUCGGUUAUCGGACAACACUUGGCUUACAUUGCAAAUUUGUAUAUGGGAUUAUAUUUUGACGAUUAUGGCAAUGUAAAAUAUGAUAUUGGAGUCGUACAAGCUUUGGAAAGAAAAUCAGAAUGUCUCUUGAAAUCAAUUAUGAAUAACAUUAAACAAUAUCGCAGUGUUACUCCAAAUGUAACAACCAAGAAUCUAGAAUAUAUUCAAUUGUAUGAAAAUCUUGCUAAGAAUAGAGCAUAUAUUAACACACACUUCAUUGGCACACAAAUCGCUUUCAUGGCAUUAGAAAAAAAAAUGUCAUUAUCGAUGUUAAGCGACAUGCAAACAAGUGACGCAGCUGCAGAUAGUUGCUGCCAAUCAAAAGACUUUCAAAAGAAAAGUAUAAUCCUGGAGAGAAUGUUCUUUUUUAAUAAUGCAAUGAUAACAUGCGGGACAACACUUCCUUAUAAAGAAGAUUUUAUUAAUAUCAGUACUACUAAAGCGCAAAUUAAUAGCAAUCUGGCUAAUAUAAAAGGUUUCUCUGAGGCAUUUGAUUGUCCAGUAGACAGUCCGAUGAAUCCUAAAUUGAAAUGCAAAACUUGGGAUAAGGAAACAAAUUAAAAAUAAUGAAAAAAUUUAAAAAUUCGGAUGACAUAUUAUUGACAAUUCUGAUAAAGCAUCAUCAUAAUAGAGUUUCCAUGAAUAUAACAACGUCAUUAAUUGCUGCCGCGCAUAAUUUUUUUUCUUUACAAAUAGGCUAGCACAUCAAAAAUACAAAAUAUGAUCAGAGAUAAAAAAAAUUGUAUCAGAUUGUCUUAUAUAAUUAAACAUUAUAUAUAUACAUAUUACAUAUAUUUUAAUA